AUGCGACGAACUGCGAUCGCCUGCCUCUUCGGCCUGGCAGCGCUCAUGGACGCGGCCGCGCUGCCGCCGAUCCUGCCGCAAGCCCUCGGUGGCGCCAUCGACGCCUUCAAGCCCGUCGUCGCAGCGUAUGCGGCGAGCGCGCUCCCGGCGUCCAUUGGCAACUGCUCGGCCGGCGCGCCCAAGCCGUGCGAGAACAUUGGCGACUUGUAUGCGACGACGACGAGCCUCUACAGUGUGCGCGCGCGCUGGCUCGGAGGCCUCAACACGCUCAGCCUCGACGCGCUCAGCGUGACGUCGGACGUCAACGGCAGCAUCACAGCCGCCGCCACCGUGACGUUUGCAUCGUUGCCCAUGAGUCUGCAAGUGGACGCGUGUCUACCAGGCGUCGGCUGCAACCCACUGCUCGACAACACGGACACGUGCUGUGGCGGCCCCAAGACCAUCCAAGUGACCGCGGUCGCGACGUGCAAUGAGACGUUUCCGUUUCUGCGCAACUUGACGCUGACACGCGUCCAGAUUGCGCCGGCGCUUGAGAUCAAGUACAACGUGAGCGGCAAGCCCGUGACGCUGCUGGACGCGACGUCGCUCGUGCAGACGCAGAUCGCGACGCAGGGCUCGGCGUUCCUUCAGGCCCAAGCCAUGGGCCCGAUCAACGACAAGAUCAACGGUGCGACAACCGCGCCGAAAACCGUCAAGCCGUCGUCAAGUCCCGCGGUUGGCGCCGUGUGGUCGCCACUCGCUCUGGUUGCAAGCGUGGCUGCUGUCGUUUUGGUGCAGACUUAA